AAUCAAUCCACGUCGCCCCGAGCCUCACAGCCCUUCUCACCGCCUCCGUCAUCCUAACAUCUCCCUCACCUCGAAAACAAUAACGAGUCAAACACUCCCAAUCGGAGCUCUCUCCGGCAGCUAGAAAAGAAAAAUCCCACGCGCCCUCACACGCUCUAUUCAGUCUCCCUGAUCCCAACAGAAUAACAAACCCAAAACCCAACAAAACGAUAUCAAAAUCCCCAAAAAUCCCAAACCCUGAGACAAACAUCAUCCAUAGGAGGCUGAAGUUUUCUAAGAGAGAAUCUCUCCGUAAAGAGAGAAAGUGUCGCCGAAUAUGGCGUCGUCUAAAGUAAUGCCGACUUCAAAUUCGCGAAAUUCGGAUCUCUCCCGACGCUCUGCUUCUUCUUCUUCCUCUACAAAGCCUCAAUCUUUCUCUGAUCAAAGCAACAUCAACAACAGUAACACCAACAGAUUAAGCUCGACAAUGACGGUCGACGGCAUCCUUCGAAACGUUUACUCAGCCGCUCCCACGACGGAGACGACGCUGGUUGACGCUUCCAUAACUCUAAUCGAUACUCCGACACCGACCACCGCCGGCGGUAAUUCCGAAGUUUCUCAAGGUCAAACCGUCGCGGAUUGUAGUAACAAUGUGGCGAAAAGUGUAGACGAGGUUUGGAGGGAAAUAGUGUCCGGCGAGAGGAAAGAGAUCACGAUGAAAGAAGAAGCGCCCGACGAGAUGAUGACGUUGGAGGAUUUCUUGGCGAAGGCUGGGGCAGUGGAGGACGCGGCGGCUGCUGCGACGGCGGAGGUUAAGGUGCAGCAGGAUAGAAUGAGUGGUGGUGUCUACGCUUAUGAUCCGGUGGGAGGGAGUCCGUUUCAAAUGCUGGAUAAGAUGGAGGGAUCAAUUGUUGGAUUGAACGGGAUGGAAGUCAUUGGAAGUGGAGGAGGUGCUGGUGGUGGAGGGAGAGGGAAGAGAGGAAGAGGGGUUUUGAUGGAGCCGCUGGACAAGGCGGCACAGCAGCGGCAGAGGAGGAUGAUUAAGAACAGGGAAUCUGCCGCUCGGUCUAGGGAAAGGAAGCAGGCAUACCAAGUUGAAUUGGAGUCAUUAGCAGUGAAACUAGAAGAGGAGAACGAGCAAUUACUGAAAGAGAAGGCUGAGAGGACUAAGGAAAGGUUUAAGCAGCUCAUGGAGAAGGUGGUUCCAGUUGUGGAGCAGCGAAGACCACCACGUGUCCUUCGUAGAGUUCGUUCUUUGCAAUGGUAGAUAAUUAUUUUCCUGAGAUCUGACAUAGGGGAGGAAAGGAGGGGGGUAACAGAAAGGGAAGCAGGGACACCAUUAAAUUUAUCUUCUUUUGAAUAGUAAUUCCAAGCUGAUAGUUGCUUAGAGCAGUUGUGUUUCUUCAUAUGUAAACAAAGUGAAAAGGAAUAUUGUAACCUGAACCAUGAAGGAAAAAGUUCCUUGCUACUGAAUAGAAGAUUAGUGGCAAAGGAAUAUAGGGCAGCAAAAGUCGGUAUAUGUAGCUAGUGACCCAGAGUUCCUCCUGUAGCUGAUGUGCAAGGGGGGACAAAGUAUAGUGUAUUUAUGUGGUGACAACUUAUGGCAGGUCUUUGACAAAAUAUAGAUAGGCCCAGGAGUGAUCUGUUUAUAGUAGUUAGAGCUUGCUUUCUGAUUACUUUGUUGGAAUCAUGUUGCAAGUGUUUGAAAAAGGCUUGUUUAUUGAUGCUGCUUCUUCUUCCA